CCAGCCAAUGGUGUGUUGAAAUAGGUUUCCUUUUGACAAUCUGCAGUGUUCGGUUGUAAAUCAUUCUCAACAAUUUGACUGUUGUGGCUGUCGCCUGUGACCAGGAUUUUUAUAAAAUAACUGAUGACAAUAUAAGAUGCAUAUUGGGGGUAUUCUAUAGUUUCUCAGAAGAAAUGCUGACUACUGGUUAAGAGGGGAAGUUUGCAAACCACAGUAGGCAGGAUUAAAACUGUCAUGCAGAGUUUCUGCUGUCAACAUAUAAAUUGAAAACCCAGCGGCCCUGAAGUGUUUUUCUCCAGAAAACUUCAAGAUGCAUUCCUCCAUAGGAGUUAUUUUUCUUCUGCUUUGCUGCUUUGAUGGUCUGGUCCUCGGUGAGAUCCACCAGAACUUUUCAAAGUGCCUCGAUUUCUUCUAUAAGGGAACACCACCGCAGGGUAUCUACCGGUACUCAGUGGGAUACCAACCAAUAUGUCAGCGUUUUAACAACCAGUACCGCUUUGCCAGCAUGUACCACCGUCAGAGUCGUGCACCUUUGUAUUCUGCGUACAUUAUCAGCUCGGGUGAAGGGAAACGGCCAAAUUCAACAUGGAUGUAUGAACCACAGUUGGCAUUCUCCCGUGCAAGCCCCGAAAUGAAACCAUUCAAUGCCACAGUGGAUCAGAAUGUGAUCGAGAGUCAAGCAGUGCCUCAGGAUUACAGUCAUUCCAACUACACUAGAGGCCAUCUCACUCCCAGCAUGCACCACAAUACCGAAGACGAUCGCGCGGCCACAUUCACCCUGACCAACAUUGUUCCUCAGCGGAAUGGUUCCAACUCUGGUCCCUGGAAUUCCCUGGAGAAGAAAGUGAUGGGAAAUUUCAAGACGUUCUGUAAGGGUCCAAUGUACGUGAUCACAGGGGCCAUGCCUUAUGCAGACGGAGCUCACUGGAUCAAUAACAGGGUGUCGGUUCCCGAGUACAUGUGGUCCGCCUACUGCUGCCCCAUCUAUAAGGCCAAGCUUCCCCCGGAUGUGCGGCCGACCUUCCCUGCGUACGCAGCUUUGGGCAGGAAUGAUCGUGACAGCGGAGAGGAGUUUGUGCCAGUUAACCCCAAAGCCAAGGCCUCAGAGCGUGGAUACGAUGUGAGGAAGAUGCCUCUGCACACCCUGGAGGAGAUUCUGGAACAAAGGCUAGCCAUGCCCAUUCGUUUGUUUGAUGGCCAGUGUCAGCAACUGUCACAACUCUAAUCAAGUCUGUUAACUUUAAUCAACAGUCAUUUGAUUUUUUUGUUUCAUUUUGUUUGUAUCAAUCUUGUCAUUUUGCAUAUGAAUAUGUUCUUGAUCUGACAAUAAAUCUAG